AAUUCGUAUUCCUAGCACCAGUGCAUUUCUGAUGGUCGUAGGCGAGAACUUUAUUUGAUGUUUUACGUAAUACGUCAGCUCGGGUGCCGCUAGAAAGUUUAUUAAAACAGUGCUGGCUACAACAUGUUUUGUGUGUGUUGUGCCUUGGACAAACAAAUUUAGAACCCUGCUUGCAUAAAUCGGAUUUGAUAUAAUGUUAGCGGUUUUUGUUAAUUUCGAAUUUUCAUCAUGACACCCGAAAAAACGUUAAACUGACCAAUACAAUGUCGACAUUUUUGUUCCUGUUCCUGCUAAUGCCGAUAGCGGCCUUCACCGAGCAGGAAGAAUCGGGAGAAGAAAUCCUAUCGUCGCAAGACGGCUAUUACGUAGAUACUCUCAACGAAGUUGCCGCCGCUGGGACGGGAGCAGACACACUCGAAUGCCCCUCGAGCAACGUCAUAACGACUAGAUACAAAUGCAACGUUAAAGGAAAAUGGGUUGACUGUACACGUAGACAUUGCUGCAACGACUUCACUUUUAUUGGCGGAAGGUGCAUUCCGAAGGAUCAGGAUCCGUGUAAGAUGAGUUUAUGCGAGCAACACUGCACCGUGUACCUUCAAAGGGUGAUUUGUACUUGCUUUGAAGGGUAUAAGUUUAGUGCGGAAAAUCAGAGGCAAAGGAUCAAACCUGUUUGUGUUGACAUCAACGAGUGUGAAGAUCGUAACGGAGACUGUGAACACGACUGCAUAAACGAAAUGGGAAGUUACAAGUGCAAAUGUAAGCCCGGUUACAUUCUAAGGUCUGAUAAUAGGACUUGCCAGCCGGAAUUAAACGGUCUUAAUAAAGGCCGCAUGGAAGAUCCUUUAAGGGAGGUAAUGGCGGGACAUUCUGGUCGGUGUUUCGCUAAUUGCGAAAGUUUGGUGCGGCUCAACGAGAAAAUGAAAAGUUUACAGGAAAAGGUUUCAGCUUUAAGUACUGCCGUUCGACUUUCAAGUUUCGCUUCAGGUCCGCCAGGACCGCCUGGACCACCCGGUUCGACAGGCCAACCAGGCCCUAGAGGAUUUCCAGGUACAGAAUCAAAUUCAAUAUCCAAUCAAGAUUACACAUAUUCGAUGCUGGACGCGUUCGUUCCGGUAGCAGAAGACGAAAACGUUCAAUGCAGAUGCAAACGAGGUCCACAAGGUGAAUCUGGUCCAAAAGGUCCACAAGGCCCCAAAGGAGAACAAGGCGAACGAGGACAGCGUGGUCCAAAAGGAGAAGGAGGAUCUUUUGAUUUUCUACUACUAAUGUUAGCCGACAUUAGACAUGAUAUAGUGCAUUUGCAGAAAAAAGUCUUCCAAGGAGAAAGGACUCCAAAAUUCGAUUUCGAAUCUGCAUUGUCCAAGAAAAAAGUGAAACAAAAAAAUCGUCUGCUUCAUAAACAAAAAAUCCUUGAAGGUUUCAUUAGUCCGGUUGUUGAAACUACCACAAAGAAAAUCAAAAUUGACCCAGAACCAACUAAAGCUACUCCACUAAAAAUAAACAAAAUUCAAUCAGAGGAAAUUGAGGAAUUCAGAAAUAUUGAUUUUUCAAAACUUGAAGAUUAUGAAGGUGAUUCUUCCGGAGAUGAAAUGACUGACGAGGAUUAUUUUUAAUUUUGUAGACAUAAAAAAAAAUACCCUUGAAAUUCUUCAACAAGUUUUUAUUAAUAUAUUUUUCUUAAAAUGCAAUAUACUUACAAUAGUAUAAUAAUAUAAAUACAAGUAAUUACCCUUACAAAGAAAACAGAUGGAAAAAUAAUAAUACCUAUUUAGUGAAAAUUACAAUGUAAAAUUAUAAUAACAAAAAAUUAUUCAAAUAUGCAAAAAUCUUAUACUUGAAAAAUAUGACUUAAAAAGUUAUGUAGUCUUUAAGUUGCGAUACGACUUCAGCAUCUAAUGUAGCUAUUAGAUCUUUGUAUUGAGGUCCUAUUUGAUUUUGUAGGGCAAAAAUCUAAAAAAUAAUAUUUUUUCAAACUUUUAAUAAGAUUAAACCAAAUUCUUACCUGUGACUGUAAAUAAUCCCUCAAAACAAUAUUAUGUACAGGAUCACUUAGAAUUAAUUGUUUUUUCCUGUGAUCGUGAUCGGUUUCGUAAUAGGAACCGUCUUCAUCGAAUUCGCUGGGACUUUGGCCUUCUACCAAAACCAAAGUAUCAAUCAUUAUCCCGUCCUCUUCGGAUUUGGUAAUAUCGUGUAAAGUUUCAAGAAUAUUUUUCAUUAUUUGGUUGAAAUGCUGCAAAAUUGGCUGGGAUUGAGUCGUUAGGAUAUUUGUCAAUGCUAGGCCUGAAAUAUUAAUUUAUACAUUAAAGUUUUUGUAAUAUUUAAGUAAUAUUACCAAGUAACUUUCUUUGAUCCAGCUGUGCAACAUUUGCCAUUUUAGUUAACCACUUAUCCACUAUUUUGCCCAAAGUAAUUUGGUCAUUUUCAUUAUUUUCUCUAGCCACUUGGGCGAUAACUCGUGUAAAUACUUCAUGGGAACUCAAUAAGACUCUGCUUAAGAUUGAUAGAAACAUUGACAUUACUAAGGGAUAGUCAACGCCUAAGUAGAUUCGUCUAUAAAAAUAACAAAAAUUAAAUAAUUGACUUCUUAAGUAAGAAAUUUCUUACUCAAAAAUCUUGGGUAAAAUAGGCAUGAUAGUUUCACUGCCCAAAACAGGCAGCACCUUAACAAAAGUAUCCACAAGCCUCAUAAGCAUCACGACUCCUUCGUUUUUCAAGUCGCCCAUUAAACUGGCGCAAAUUGUGAUUAUUUGAUGGCCCUGGCUGCGCAUUACCCAUUCCGGAGAUAGCAAAAGAUGCACUAGGCUUAUGUAGAGACAAGUUCGAAGAUUUUCUGUAGAAUAAUCUAGAAAAGAAAGUU